UCCUUCGUUAACCUCGCCAAUAUCGCCGUUUCUUCAACAAUAAUCCCAAAAUGCCAUCUGCAACAGGUUCCAACAAACGCGUUAGGGGCGUUUCGGUGUUUAGACCUUUCGUUUUCGGCAGCGAAGCGCAACCCUUCGACCCAGCGAACAAACCCGCCCACGUCCCCGCAGACCACACCCAUCAAUGGCGCGUCUACGUCAAAGGCGUCAACGACGAAGAUAUCUCCUACUGGCUGAAAAAGGUCCAAUUUAAACUACACGAAACGUACGCGCAGAACGUCCGAUCCGUCGAGCAAGCGCCUUUCGAGAUACUAGAGACCGGAUGGGGAGAGUUCGAGAUCCAGAUCAAACUUUAUUUCAUCCCGGAGUCAACAGAGAAGCCGCAGACGCUGUGGCAUAGUUUGAAACUUCACCCUUACGGUCAUGAUGCGGAGGGGAAGAAGGAGAGACGGGAGAUUGUGGUUAGUCAGAAUUACGAGGAGGUCCUUUUCAAUGAGCCGGUGGAGCAGUUUUAUGACUUGCUCACGGGGGGUUCGUUAAAUGGGCAGCCGCAGAAGGGUAAAGGGGGGAAGAAUACGAAGGCGGGGCAGCAGGGGAAGAGGUCUGCUGAGAUUCCGUUGAACGAGACUCCUGGGAACCCUUAUAGCAGGGCAACGGAAAACAAGGAAAUGGGCAGGCUGGCAGAAGCGAACAAGACAGUUGAACAGAUGAUUGCGGACGAAAAAGCACGACUUGUUGAACGCGAGAAGAAAUUGGCUGAGUUGAGGGAAAGCGAGGGUGUUCCGGCCAACACGAAGAAGAGAUAAACGACCUUUAUCACUGGAUUAUCCCCUUAUUCGCGCGCGGACUUCGAACCGAUGUCUAUUAUUGAUGGACACUACCCUUCCCCCACCUGUGAUAUCAGGGUCACCACCCAAACUCCUGACCGUCUAUUCUUUCCGAUGAUAGAUUUGAUGGAAGCGACCAUAAAGGCUUCGUUGGAACCAGCCAUGAGUCUUGGGCAUCUAUUUAGGAACAGAGAGCCGGUCUCUCGGUGGAUAGUUUCUGUGGUUGGGAUGCGAAACGCCUUCGAAGCCACCCCUCUUACCGUCGCCAUGGAUGCAACGACUCUGGCUUAUAUGCCAUAUAUACCAAGCACCACACCAACUGGGUUACCCAUGCCUCUUCAGUUACGAAAAUAUAAUGAUUUCUUUUACUUUUCGAAGCUGAACUUCAAAUGAAUAAUACAAAUAAUACUCCGAUCAAUUUUCUCCAAGCUCCUGACAUAGAACUAGCAGUGAUCGGAC